AUGGAUCUUGCUAUUAUUUUCAAUAGCAUUUUGAUCAUUGCGAUAAUUUCUCACUCUGUCACGUGUAAAACUACCUGUAAGGCGGAUGAGCGUAAACACAAUGAUUUGAUCAACGGUCUACAAAAACAUGGGCAUCGCAGACCGAAGUAUAUUUUGAAAGUCAUGGAACUUGUAAAUCGUGGUUGUUUCGUUACAACAAAUCCAUACAUAAAUCAAUUUCAAUUAAUCGAGCAUGGUGGCAUUAUUCUGUCCCCAAGUGUGCAAUUGCGCAUUCUGACAUUACUGAAACCCGGCAUUGAAAAUGGUUUUCGUGUUUUAGUUCUUGAUCCAGGCAGUGGAUACCUCACAGCAUGUGUGUCGAUUAUGACUGGUCGCUCUGGUGUCACUGUUGCAGCCCUGCCUAAUGAUAAAUUAAUUGAGUUGGCUUCGAAUAAUGUUAAAAGUUGGUUGGAUUAUAAAAAUAGAGGUCGUGAUUUUGGUUUAAACUUUGGGCAACAGAUUCGGUUCCCAUCUGGUGACAUUCAAAGCGAUUGGUCAAAAGAGACUCCAUUUGAUGCGAUCUUUGUUCAUACAACGGACAAAAGUGUAGUGGAUAAAAUGAAAAAACUGCUGAAACCCGGUGGCCGUAUGAUCUGUCUCGAAAAGCGUGAUGGGGGUCAACAAGUAUUAUAUCGAAUCGAUUGUGUACAGGCAGGUUUCUAUCGACAAUGGACUGCGAUUGCUAUAGAAGAUGUUUCAUUUGCUGAAGGACAGCAACCAAAUGAACCUAUAUUGCCAACUCCAGGGAAGCCUACAGUAGAAACUAUUGAUGGACCUGCAAAAGAAACUAUAAGUGUACCUACAAAAGAAAACAUUAUUGUACCUAGAGAGGAGACUAUUACUGUACCUAAAGAAGAAACUAUUCCUGAAACUUCAAAAGACCAAGUUGAUGUACCUGCAGAAGCUACUCUUGAUGCGUAUAAAGAAGAAAGCAUUGAUGAAUAUUAUACUGAGGAGGCCUCUUUUGAAUAUGGUGAUGGUCGGAUUCCAGUCAAGUUUGACAAUCGCGAGAUUCACCCAUCCAGUUGA